CUAUACGAUUUAUUAUCAUGUUGAAUGAAAUUUUCUAGACAAUGUUUGUUAUUAAUCCAGUUAAUAUUUAAUAUUAAUAAGAAAUAAGUGAUUUAUUAAGGUUACUUACAUCAUUUUUCUCAAAAAAAUAUUCUACAAGAGAAACAAAAAGGCUACGAGGCAACAUUUGUCAAAAUGGUGCAACAUAAGUAUCAUACUCCACGUCUAACUCCAAAACAUCUAGAUCCAAAAUGUUUAAUGUUUUCUAUGUUUACUGCAAAUGAUAUAAGAAAUUUAAGUGUUACUAAAAUAAGGACACCAUUAUCAUUUAAUAUUUUGGGACAUCCAUUAAAAGGAGGUUUAUAUGACCCAGCAUUAGGGUCACUUUUAGAAAGUUCGGAUCCAUGUGGAACAUGUGGAUGCAAUGUAUUCAAAUGUCCAGGUCAUUUUGGACAUAUAGAAUUGCCUAUGCCAGUAGUAAAUCCACUGUUUCAUAGACGAUUAUCUAUGUUAAUCAAAUUAGCAUGUCUAAACUGUUUCUCUUUACAAAUUCCAUCUUAUGUAAAAUUGUUACUUACUGCAAAAUUGAAUUUACUUCAAAAAGGAUAUCUCAGUGAGCUUGAAAGUUUAGAACAAGAAAUAAUGUUUGUUGUUUCAUGUUCAGGUAAUCCUUAUGAAGUUGAUGUGCAAGCUGUUCAAAAUGUAAUUGAUAAUUAUACUGAAAAUCUUCUCAAUAGACCAAAACUUAAUCAGUCUAUUGUGCAAUAUGAUGAAAUUCAACUAAAUACCAAAAAUAUCAAUAUGCAGUGGCACGCAUAUGUUGAAAAUGUUAUAAAGCAGUACGCAUCAUUGAAAAUCUGUGUAAAUUGUCAAGAACCUAUACCAAAAAUUACAACACUAAAAAAUAAAAUUAUGACCACUAAAAUGCCUGAAACACCUAAUACUCCUCGGACAGUAAAAUCACGUGGAGUAAUACAUAAAUUAGAGUCAGUUAUGAUAAUGCCAGAUCAAUCUAAAGAUUACCUCAGAAAGCUUUGGCAAAAUGAGAGAGAUUUCUUAAAAGUACUUAUACCUUGCUUUGGAAUGGUAGAUAUUGAAUAUCCAACUGAUAUAUUCUUCUUUGAAGUAAUACCAGUUUUACCACCUAUAGUUAGGCCAGUUAAUUUUGUCAAUGGACAAAUGAUAGAACAUCCACAAUCUCAAGUUUACAAGAGUAUCAUCCAAGAUUGUCUUGUACUUCGAAAUAUCAUUCAAACAAUUCAAGAUGGUGAUACAAAUCAACUAACAGAAGAGGGAAAACUUGUUUUUGAACAAAUAAAAGGUAAUACAGCAGUUGAAAAAUUACACAAUGCUUGGCAAAAUCUGCAAAUAAAUGUGGAUCAUUUAAUGGAUCGUGAUAUGAAUAGAACUGCAGAUUCUGCAAAUUGCCAGGGUUUAAAGCAAGUUAUAGAGAAAAAGGAAGGAAUUAUUAGAAUGCAUAUGAUGGGUAAAAGAGUUAAUUUUGCUGCUCGUUCUGUUAUUACUCCAGAUCCUAAUUUGAACAUAGAUGAAAUUGGUAUUCCUGAAGCUUUUGCAAUGAAAUUAACAUAUCCAACACCAGUUACACCUUGGAAUGUUGUACAGUUAAGACAAUUAGUUUUAAACGGUCCUAAUAUUCAUCCUGGUGCAGUAAUGGUUGAACACGAGGAUGGAAGUAUACAACGCAUUUCUAACACAAAUGCUGUUCAAAGAGAAGCCAUUGCAAAACGUCUUCUAACAACAAGUGAUAAAGCAAACAAAUUUUUUAAAGGCAUUAAAAUUAUACAUAGGCAUUUACAAAAUGGAGACAUUCUGCUGUUAAAUCGUCAACCAACUUUGCAUAAGCCUAGUAUAAUGGCUCAUAAAGCACGUAUUUUAAAGGGAGAAAAAACAUUACGUUUGCAUUAUGCUAAUUGUAAAGCCUAUAAUUCAGACUUUGAUGGUGAUGAGAUGAAUGCUCAUUAUCCCCAAAAUGAACUAGCUAGAAGUGAAGGCUACAAUAUAGCCAAUGUAUCUAAUCAAUAUCUUGUACCUAAAGAUGGUACUCCUUUAAGUGGUCUCAUUCAAGAUCAUAUGGUUUCCGGUGUGCGAUUAACAGUAAGAGGGACAUUCUUUCCACGUGAAGAUUAUAUGCAACUAGUUUAUGCUGCUUUAUCUACAAUACAGGAUAAUAUAAUUCUUCUUCCUCCCAGUAUUAUAAAACCAGUACCCUUAUGGUCUGGUAAACAAAUUGUAUCCACUGUUAUCAUUAAUAUUAUUCCACCAAAUCAAGCACGUAUCAAUUUGACAGCAAAUGCCAAGAUUAGUGUAAAAGAAUGGCAAGUUGAAAAAGCACGGCAGUGGAAAUGUGGUACUGAAUUUUUAGAUCCUAAAACAAUGUCAGAAGCCGAAGUAAUAAUACGAAAUGGAGAAUUAUUAUGUGGUGUACUUGAUAAGACACAUUAUGGUGCAACUCCAUUUGGUCUUGUACAUUGUAUUUUCGAACUAUAUGGGGGAAUAUGCUCUACAAAGUUAUUAAGUGCCUUUGGUAAAUUAUUUCAAGCUGCUUUACAAAGAAAUGGAUUUACUCUUGGUAUUGAAGAUAUUUUAUUAUUAAAUAAAGCAGAUAAGAAACGGAAAGAAAUUAUUUCUAACUGUAGAAAAAUUGGAGAAAAUAUACAGAGAUCAGUGUUAGAAUUACCCGAUGAUAUACCUAUGGAUAUUGUUACAUCUAAAAUUGAAGAAUCUUAUUGGAGUGAUCCUAAAUUCCGUGCUCAAAUCGAUCGAAAAUAUAAAAGCGCAUUAGAUGUCUAUACUAAUGAUAUAAAUAAAGUUUGUUUACCAGCUGGUCUUUUGAAAAAAUUUCCAGAUAAUAAUCUACAAUUGAUGGUUCAAUCCGGUGCAAAAGGUUCUACCGUAAAUACUAUGCAGAUAUCUUGCUUACUUGGACAGAUUGAGUUGGAAGGAAAAAGGCCACCUUUAAUGAUCAGUGGGAAAAGCCUUCCAAGUUUCCCUGCAUAUGACCCUACACCAAGAGCUGGUGGUUUUAUCGAUGGUAGAUUUAUGACAGGGAUCAAACCUCAAGAAUUCUUUUUUCACUGUAUGGCUGGCCGUGAAGGUCUCAUUGAUACUGCUGUAAAAACUAGUAGAUCAGGUUAUUUACAAAGAUGUCUUAUUAAACAUCUUGAAGGAUUAAGUAUUAAUUAUGAUUCAACAGUACGAGACUCAGACGGUAGUAUGGUGCAAAUUUAUUAUGGCGAAGAUGGGCUUGAUAUACCAGGUUCACAAUUUUUGAGGAAGGAACAAUUAAGUUUCUUAAUAGACAAUAAAAAUGCGAUUCUCAAUGAAGAAAUAGUAAAGAAUUUAAAAAUGGACUCAGAUACAGAUAAAAUUUUAAAAGUAGUGAGAAAAAUUAAAAAAUGGGAAAGUAAAAACGGAAGUGCAUUACAGAAGAGAAGAAUUAGUCCAUUUACAAGGUUUUCAAGGGAAGAUAUGAAUAUUAAGAAAUCGAAAUAUAAGGAAAUUAAUGAAAAUAGUGGGAGAAGCAAAGCAUCUCUGUCAUUGAUGAGAAAGUGGUUAAAGACUAGUGAAGAAGAUAAAAAAUGGAUUUAUGCCGAAUGUACAAGAUGUCCUGAUCCAAUAAUGUCAAAAUAUAGACAAGAUAUAGAUUUUGGUGUAUUUUCUGAACGAUUGGAAAAUUUAAUGGACGAAUAUAUAGGCAGUAAAUCUAACAAUUUGAUUAUAAAAAAGAAAGAUUUAAGAGACCUCUUGUCUGUGAAGGUAAUGAAAAUUGUUUGCCCGCCUGGUGAACCAGUAGGUUUAUUAGCAGCACAAUCAAUAGGGGAGCCAUCAACUCAGAUGACUUUAAAUACCUUCCACUUCGCUGGUCGUGGAGAAAUGAACGUUACUUUGGGUAUACCCAGAUUACGUGAAAUACUUAUGAUGGCAUCAAAAAAUAUUAAAACGCCUAGCAUGGAGAUACCAUUCCGGAAGGACUUAAAGAAUGUAACAAAACGCUCAAAUAAAUUAAGGUUGCAAUUAACAAAAUGCAUUUUAUCCAAUGUUUUAGACAAUAUUAAUGUAAGUAGAAAAAUGGAACAAUUGCCAAAUAGACAAUUAGUGUAUACUAUGACUAUUAAUUAUCUUCCACAUAAAUGUUAUAAAUCGGAAUUUUGUAUUCAACCACAUGAGGUAUUGAAAAAAACUGAAGAAGUAUUUUUUAAGGAAAUGUUUAAAGAAAUUAAAAAGAUUGCUAAAGUAACAGGUGCUUUAGUAUAUGUUGAAGAGGAAAAGAAAUCUAUGUAUGAGGAUGAUGCUUUAUUAGAUCAAGCAGAACCUGAUGAAGGAGCAGAAUCUGCAUUGAAACACGCAAAUUUAGGAGAAAUGCACGAAUCUUCAGAUGAAGAAGCAGCAGCAGAGGAUGCAGAUGCAACUUUACUACGAUCAAUUUCGCGUCAUAGAGAAAAUCAAGAAUAUGAGGAUCCAGAAGAAGAAGAAGAAAUAGAAGAUAUAAAUGAAAGAGAAGAUGAUAUUGUUGUAGAGCAUGAAAAUGAAAAAUUGAAAACUAAUGACCAACCACAAGAUGAAGACGAUGAUGAUUAUGAUACAGAACAUGAGAAACCAGACUAUGUUGUAAAUGAAACUUACAGUGCACAGAGAAAGAGGGAUAUUAAAAAUAUGUAUACUCAUGUAAUAGAAUAUGAUUAUGACGAGGAUAAAUUCACAUGGUGUAAAUUAACAUUUUGGUUACCUCUUAAAAUGUUAAAAUUGGAUUUACCAACGAUAACUAGAAAUGUUGCAAAUAGAGUUGUUUUAUGGGAGGUACCUCACGUAAAACGUGCUUUUACAUUUCAAAAUAAUAAUGGAGAGACAAUUCUUAAAACUGAUGGUAUCAACAUAGUAGAAAUGUUCAAAUAUGAUAAAUCCCUAAAUUUAAACAAAUUAUAUUCCAAUGACAUUUAUGGUAUUUCUCAAACAUAUGGUAUUGAAGCUGCUAAUAGAGUUAUUAUAAAAGAAGUGAGAGAUGUAUUUAAGAUGUAUGGAAUCACAGUUGAUUCUAGACAUCUAUCUUUAAUUGCGGAUUACAUGACUUUUGAUGGUAGAUUUCAACCUCUCAGUCGUAAAGGAAUGGAAGGUUCAGCAUCUCCAUUGCAACAAAUGAGUUUUGAAAGUUCCCUUAAUUUUUUGAAAAAUGCGACUUUAGAAGGAAAACGAGAUAAUUUAGUAUCACCCUCUAGUCGAUUAAUGUUAGGUCAACCUUGUAAAUCUGGUACUGGGUCAUGUUCGUUAUUGGUAAAAAUACAGAAACAACCAGAAACUACCUUGUCAGUAGGUGGAUAAUAAAUGUGAAUAGGGUUAAUGUCAAGAAUAAAUUACUAGAUACAUGCAGUUGUGUAAAUAAAUUUAAUAUUUUAUG